GUUCAAUUUUCAGUGCAUGCGUCAGUUUCCGUGAGAGUGGGUCAGUGUUAUCAGUAGCUGGAUGUAGUUGUUUGAGUCAUCAUGUGACUACAAACUUUCAAGUUUACUUCAGCUUGUGAUAUAAAUGGUUCAAGUCUGGUUGUCUCUCCUUGCUGUCUUGCUCAACUAAUUCUUAAACUCUCACAGGAUGGCUUCAGGUGAACAGGGACAGCAGGUGUCUUAAGGAAACACGUCCAAUGUUUCCAACCUUGCUGGGAAUCAAACCACGGACACACAGUGUGUGAAGCGAGGGUGUUGUUUACCAAGCCACAGGACACCAUGUAGUUAAGGAAUGGAUGUAACAACAGAUAAGCCAGUUGAUGAGUUUACUUUUCUAUAUGAUGGUUUCAAUAAAAUGCUGGAGACACUGUAUCCAGAUUUUGAAGUACCAGAUGAGACACGGGAGCAUUGUGUAAACUUGGGCAAAGAAUUCCUGCUUAAGACAAUUUAUGAAGCUGAGGAGAUUGCCAACCAACAAAAGAAGAAAACUAUAACUCAUGACCAUAUAUUAAUGGCUAUGGAAAAAUUAGGUAUGAGUAAGUGCCAUGCUCAUGUUAAGUCAUACUUGAAGGAGACCAAAGCUAUGGCAACUGAGGAAAAACGGAACAAUAAGCUUCUAGAAAAUCUUGAAAUCCCUGAAGAAGAACGCCUCAAGCAGCAGCAAGCAUUCUUUGCAAAGGUUCAGGCAGCAUUAACUGAACAACAGCAGGAGGAGGAGGAGGAGCAAUAAACAUGAUGAUAAGACUACUUCAUGAGCCAAAUAAUUCUUCAGAUACCAAGAGUAUUCACCUCUCUACAUUUGCUAAUUCUUUGGGUUAUAAGAUUAAGUUUGUCCAUUACUUUAGCAGCAGUGAUUAUAAAAGUUUGAUUAUUAUUUGAUAUUUGUGUGGUUUGCCUCCAUUUUGUUUUUGGUUAAAAUACACUGAGAAAUGUUGACUUAUUUUUCUAAUUCUUUUCUUCCUCUUAGCCUUCACACAUUUACAAUCCUUACCCUACUGUGACCUGCUGUUACUCAAGUUAGCUAUGGUACAACAUGUGCUACACUACCCGAACCUCCUCUCAAGAAGAGACCCAACUUAGGAUUCUGAGGAGAGUCCAGGCAUCCAGUCUUGUACACUUAAGAUAAUUGCCAGCAAUGUAAUUGAAAUAGGAUACAGAAUAUUAUUGUUUCGAAGCACAUCUUUGAUUACAAUAUAGAUCUGUGACAAAAUGGAAAGCACUUUAGCCCUGAUCCAUAUAGGUUCAGUGUUUUACUGUGACUGCAUAGUAUUAUGGAAUGCAUCCUAGUUAUUUUGUUGAGGAUUAGGUACUGUAAUUGUUUAUCCUUACUGCAGUUUUUAAAGUCCCAUUUAAGAGUACGUCUAUUGGCAUCACUAUACUCGGGUACAUUCCCCUUUUUUACCUAUGUAGAUUAACUUUCCUCUCCGAAGAUGCCUCAACACACAAACUACUUACCCCCUCAUCUAUUUAUAUAGUUAACCUAGUCUUUCAUGAACCUGUCUACUGAUAUCUUUAUUUCCAAAUAUCUUAACGCAUUCCAUUUUCUUCACAAGCACAAAAUUUUAGUUAUCACAAUAAUUAGUGAUAAUAUGGUUUAAUAUUUCAGCAUGUUCAAACAUUAAUACAACAUUGCUGAUUUUCUUGAUUUUUAUCUAAGUGAUAACUGUAUUGUACUGCUGUUAGUUUUAAUAUCUUCUUACAUCGAGGUUUCUAAUGAUAUAAGGAAAUCUGUUAUUCUUUACAAAAUAUUCCAUAGUUUUAAUUGCAGGUUUGACUGGUAACUGAAAAUGUUUUGAUUGUAGUAAAUGAUAAUAAUUCUCAGUUGGACAACGCAUGUUCAUUGCUACUAGAUGAUAAUUAUUUGUUCUACAUAAUGAGGACAUGAAAGGAAAAUAUAGUAUGUAACAGGUUAUAAAUGAGAAGUUGACAACUAUCCAUUGAAUUAUUAUGUAUAUUUAGGAACUAAUACAGUUACUAUAUAGGAAUAUUGCAGUUAUUCUACAUUUAGAGUAUUUUACUUAGUGUAACUAUAAACAUUGUGAUGCCUGUUGUAUAAAAAAGUUGAAGUCUCUGCUUUUAUUUAAAUUGUAUUUUUAAUAAAAAUUUUGUAUUAAUAUAAAUAACUGACUGUAGUAUGUAAAAUGGAAAUUAUUAUUUAUCAGAGAAAAUAAAUUUGAGAUUAAAAUUA